CGCUACGACAAGAUGGCCUCCAGGCUCGAUCGUCUUCUUCUUUUACUGGACACUGGAUCUUCGCAGACAACCAGGCGUGCCGCAGCAGAGCAGCUGGGUGACGUUCAGAAAUUGCAUCCACACGACCUACAGAAUCUUUUGUUUAAAGUAUUAGUCUAUCUUCGUAACAAUAGUUGGGAUACUCGGAUAGCAGCAGGAUAUGCAGUGGAAGCCAUAGUAAAGCAAGUUCCCUUAUGGGAGCCAGAAAAGCUACAAGGCAAGGAUGGUGAAUCAGCAACUAGAGGUCAAAAUGAGGCUAGACUUGAAGGAAGAAUGGGAUUUUCUAGUUUUGACAUCACGAGAGUGUUAGAACAAGGUACAACAUUGUUGGGAUCAGCCGGAGACGAGUAUGACAUGGAACCAGAUUCGGAUCUAAUGCACUUAUCACAUAGUGAAAGAUCAGCCAGACAACGAAAACUGCUUCAGAAACGUCUGGGUCUCGAAGGCCCUGCUGGCCUCGGAUUUGACAAGGAUCUGUUUGAGGAUGAUGACUUUAUGCCUCAAAUGGAGGUGCCAACUGCUAAGACUACGACAUCUGUUGCUGACUUUGUUUCUAUGGAGCUGAGUGGCGGAAAGGGCUUAAGUGCUCGAGAAAAGAAUCGAGCUCGGAGAUUAGCAAGGAAGGCUGCCAAGAAUCGAAUAAAAGAAACUCACGCAUCGUCUAGCAACAGCGUCCCUGAAAACACUAAUGAACUCGACAGUAAUCCGGUGAAGAAACCUCGUACAAGCAAUGUUCUGGUGCCGCAAAGUUCUCACUCUGAUCGCAUUCUAAUUGAUGCAGUUGCUGACGUUACGGCUACGUUUGAAGAAGCUGUGGAAUGGCCAUUUGAAAGUUUUUGUGAUGAAUUAUGUAAUGACUUGUUUAAUGCAAAAUGGACUAUACGACAUGGUGCUGCUAUUGGCUUGCGGGAAAUUAUCCGAAUUCAUGGACAUGGUGCAGGGAAAACACUGGAAAUGCCAGCUGACCAGAUGGGCAUGUGUAAUUCACAGUGGUUAGAAGACUUGGCUCUGCGUCUCUUGUGUGUUUUUGCAUUAGACAGAUUUGGUGACUAUUUAUCAGACGAGGUCGUUGCCCCUGUUCGUGAGAUGUGUGCACAGACCCUUGGGGUUGUAGUGAAAUAUAUGGGGAAGGUACAUGUACAAGGUGUGCUGAAUGUCUUAUUGACAUUACAAGCACAACAGCAGUGGCAAGUUCGAUAUGGUGGCUUGUUAGGAGCGAAGUAUCUUCUUGCUGUUCGACAGGACAUGGCUGAAGGAAUGCUGCCGCUACUGCUGAAUUCUGUGAAACAAGGGUUGGAAGACCCUAUUGAUGAUGUCAGAGCUGUUGCUGCUACAUCAUUGCUACCUGUAACAGACAAGUUGAUAUCUUUGCUUCCUCAUGAACUACCAAGUUUGCUGUCUCUUUUGUGGGAUACUUUGGCUGAGCUGGAUGACCUGACGUCAUCUACCAAUGGUAUUAUGUCACUAUUGGCAUCGCUGUACUCAUGUCCCAGUGUGGCGCAAUUGACAGCAGCUCAAACAACAGGGCCAUACUCAUUAGCUCAUGUAGUUCCUCGUUUGUGGCGUUUUCUUAGCCAUACGAUAGUUUCGGUACGGCAAGCAACAGUGAGGACUCUUCGCUGUCUUUUAUCUUGCUUAUCUGACAAAGUGGAUGGAGUUGCUAGCUGGAUGUCUCUAAUUCUUCCGGAUAUGCUUCGGCAUGUUUAUCAGAGACUUGUACUUGAACCAAAAGAAGAUCUAAAACAAUCCGUAUUAGAGGCAAGGAGUAUUUGGAUAAGCUUGGUCCAGUCGGUCGAUGCUGAAAGUUUGGAUAAGACCAUCUUCAGCUGCCUGGGGACUUGGCUCAGUUUGGCAGUAUAUCCUGCUAAUGUGACGAUUGAUGCUAGUUUGCUGACUUCUGUAAACCGAACCUCAGAACUUGCAGAUAGAACGGUGACUAAGAGUCAUUCAGAAUCACAGGCAGGUGAUACUGAGUUGAGACUGAGUGGCGUUUCAGCUACAGAGGAUAAUGAAGAUGCUGUAGUUGCUACACGUCUGUCAUGUGCAAAGGCUCUUGGUGAACUUGCAUUUUGGUUAUCACAACUAGAACAAUCAUCGUCUCAACAGCAAUUCACUGAGUUUUUAUCAUCAAUGUUGGCUUCAAAUUCUUCUACUCAGAGGUUAAUGACAGCUCUUAUUGUUACAGAGUGGGCCACCAAGCAGAAGCCGCCACGUGUUCCUGAAGAGUUGGUUCAAUUGUUUGUGUCGUCUUUGGAGCAAUCUCCAAUGUAUGAUGAAGUGAUGAUGUUAUUUGGGAAGAUGCAAACGGACUGUCAAAAUCUUAUGACAGCAUUCUUGGAGAGAGGAGUGAACUUGUUUUCUCAGUUUCCUUCGGAGGACUUUUCAAUUGAUCAAGCAUCUGUUUUGGUUACAUCUGUGUAUAGUUCUUCUAUUCAAAGAAUAGGUGUUGGUGAGAUUCAGAGCAUACAGCAAAACAAAGCUCGUCUGAGCACAACUUUGAACAAGUUGCAAACAAUGUUGCAGAGCCAUCACGUUAGAGUUCAGGCAUCAUUAGCAGCCGCUGCGGUGGCAUUGGGUUGUUUGCCUGUUAAACUAAAUCCUGUCAUUCGACCCCUGAUGGAAUCGAUCAAGAAAGAAGAGAAUGAGACAAUGCAGUGGCGAACUGCUUCUUAUCUUCCACAACUUUUGGGGCUAAGUCGUGAUCGUAAUCCUUGUCCUAACGACAAAAUUGUUAAAAAUUUAUGUACACUCUUGUGUGCGGAUGCAAAUAUGACACCACGUGUGCCAGACCCUGUGCUUAUGGCUAAAGCAGCACCAUCUCCAGCAGGAACACCAACGACUCCAUUGACGCCUGAGGCAGAAAUGAUUGGAUCACAUUUUCAGCGAGCUAAAAGUCCGCUGGCUGGAAUGUGCAGGACUCUUCGUGGAAACUCAAUAGAAGCAGAGCAGCUAAUUCUAUGUGGAAAAUUUGCUGGGAUUGUCACUUUAGUUAAGAGGCAACAGGCUGCUCUGAUGACAGCAACUAGCCAUGGACGUCGGGGAAUGAUUCAUACAAGCAGAAAGCAACAGCCACAACGUUUGACUGUGACAAUAGAUCCUGUACUUUGCGAAGACGAUUUUGCACAGCAAAUGCUUGUGGCUCAAUGUCGUGGUGCUAAAGCCUCAUUACUGGAGAUAGCAAAGUUUUUUGGUAGUCAACUACCUACAGCUCAGCCAAAACUCUGGGACAGCAUCGUGUCUGCUGUUCAGACUUCUAUUCAUUUGAAUACAUUAGGUUAUGGAUCGGUGGCUGAAGAUGAAUCAACAGUGCAAGAUCUAGUGAACUCACUUCAGGUGCUUGAAGUGAUUUCACCAGGCAUUGACAACUCGCUUCGACCACAAAUUUUGGAUUUGAUGCCAAAGCUAUGCACGUUUCUUCGACAUCGUUAUUGUGCCGUUAGACACAUGUCUUCUCGUUGUAUUGCAGCAAUGACCAGCUUGUCAGUGGUGACAGCAAUGGAGGCGGUCAUUAUAAAUGCUCUUCCAUUGCUUGAUGAUGCUGAUUGUGUUGCGGCAAGGCAAGGAGCUAUGGAAACUGUUGCUAUCCUAGUUGAUGAACUUGGCAUGGAAAUAUUACCGUAUGCAGUGUUACUUGUGGUUCCUCUCCUUGGUCGGAUGAGCGACCAAGAAGAUGAUGUUCGGUUGUUAGCAACACAGAGCUUUGCAUCAUUAGUGAAACUGAUGCCAUUAGAGGCUGGAAUUGCUGACCCUCCUGGAAUGGCUAUUCAUCUGGCUGAACGAAGAGUUGUAGAAAGACGGUUUUUGGAGCAGCUUCUUGAUCCAAAGAAACUUGACAGUUAUGUUAUAUCUGUCCCAAUCAAAACUGACUUGAGAAAAUACCAAAAGGAUGGUGUUAAUUGGUUAGGAUUCUUGAACAAGUACAAGUUACAUGGCAUUCUCUGUGAUGAUAUGGGGCUUGGGAAGACUUUGCAAACUAUUUGUAUUAUGGCAGGAGAUUAUCAAGACAAGUUGAAGCAGUGUAAGGAGGGAGGAGAGAAGACACCGUUACCUUCUCUUGUUAUUUGUCCACCGACUUUGACAGGUCACUGGUGUUAUGAAGUGGAGAAGUUUUGUUGUCCAGAACAUCUCAGUGCGUUACAUUACAGUGGAGGACCGGCAGAAAGGCAGAGGUUGUGGAAAAUGUUGCCAAUGCAUAAUCUUGUAGUUGCAUCAUAUGACAUUGUUCGAAAUGACAUCGACUACUUCAGGGGUACGAACUGGAACUAUUUGGUGUUGGAUGAAGGCCACAUAAUCAGAAACGGAAGAACAAAGCUUUCAAAAGCUAUAAAGUCAUUGAAAGCAGAUCAUCGUCUCAUUCUCACAGGAACACCUAUUCAGAACAAUGUCCUUGAGUUAUGGUCACUGUUUGACUUUCUGAUGCCUGGAUUUCUUGGUACUGAGAAAGAGUUUACAGCUCGAUACAGUCGGCCAAUACUCCAGAGCAGAGAUGCUAAGUCAUCAUCCAAGGAGCAAGAGGCAGGUGUGUUAGCUAUGGAAUCUUUGCACAGGCAGGUGUUGCCUUUCAUGUUACGAAGACUGAAAGAAGAUGUGUUGCAAGAUUUACCUCCAAAGAUCAUCCAAGACUAUUAUUGUGAUCUGAGUUCAUUACAAGUGUGGUUGUACGAAGACUUUGCAAAGUCAACGGCCAAGAAAACCGUUGAAAAGAUGGUAACUGAGUCAGCAGAAGAAAAAGUAGAAGAAGCCACGGUUGCUGUACAGUCUUCAACUCAUAUAUUUCAAGCUCUUCAGUACUUGAGGAAAUUAUGUAAUCACCCGAUGCUUGUAGUCAAUGAAAAGCAUCCUCGGUUCGAGGCUGUAAAGGAACGAUUGAAUGAUCAGAAGACAUUGUUGGGAGAUACCAGACAUGCUGGCAAGCUGAUUGCACUUAAGCAGUUGUUGUUGGAUUGUGGCAUUGGUGUAUUGUCUGAUACGAGUACAUCCACAGAUCCCAUGACUAGCAAUCCUGUCGUAGGUCAACAUCGUGCACUGGUAUUCUGUCAACUAAAGAGUAUGUUGGACAUUAUCGAGCACAACAUGUUAAAGAAAGAGUUGACGUCGGUGUCAUAUCUUCGAUUGGAUGGCAGUAUACCUGCUGGGUCUCGAUAUGACAUAGUUCGACGUUUUAAUUCUGAUCCAUCCAUUGAUGUUCUCUUGCUGACAACUCAUGUUGGUGGUUUGGGUCUAAAUCUUACUGGUGCAGACACAGUUAUCUUUGUUGAGCAUGACUGGAAUCCUAUGAGAGACUUGCAAGCAAUGGAUCGAGCUCACCGUAUUGGUCAAAAGAAAGUUGUCAAUGUCUACCGUCUGAUUACUAGGGGAACGUUGGAAGAGAAGAUCAUGGGAUUGCAAAAGUUCAAAUUAUCUAUUGCUAACACUGUCGUGACUCAAGAUAACUCCAGCUUACAAAGUAUGGGAACAAAUGAGUUGUUGGAACUUUUUGACGUUGGACAGAAGUCUGACAAGAAAGAGAAAGAGCCGAGUUUAGGUAAACAGUCAAUCAAGAGCGUUUUGGAGAGCAUGGAAGCUCUUUGGGAUGAGAAGCAGUAUGAAGCUGAACAUGACCUCACAACGUUUAUGGAAUCUUUGAAAUAGAAAAGAUGGUUUAUUGAUUUAGGUAACCUGAAAAUUGCAAGUUUGGUGUAGGCUUUAGAGUUCUGUAAGGGAUUUGAUGCGUGAGCGUUUGUAUAUGUAUGCAGAGGGAACGAGACAGCAGGAGGGUCAAUGUCAGCCCGGCCCAUCUUUUAGAGACUAUAAUUUCACCAGCCGCUCACUGGUGCAUCAAUAAUAGUGUUAAUUUGUCUCUUUUUGAGUGAACAAUACUGACAUUCGUUCAUAAAUGGA